ACUACAGGCCGGGCUUCCAUCGCAGUGUACUUCUGUUGGCAGUUGUCUCAGUACAUUCGUCCCGGGACCAGUCCACAGCUUUGUGUGGGAGCAAGAUGGAGGCUGAUCUGUCUGGCUUUAAUAUCGAUGCCCCCCGUUGGGACCAGUGCACUUUCCCGGGACGGGUGAAACACUUCUUCAAUAUCACAGACCCGCGCACCAUCCUGGUCCCAGAGCGGGAGCUGGACUGGGCCAAGGGGAUGGUGGAGAAGAGCAGAAUGGGGGUCGUGCCCCCGGGCACCCAAGUGGAGCAGCUGCUGUACGCCAAGAAGCUGUAUGACUCAGCCUUCCACCCUGACACCGGGGAGAAGAUGAACGUCAUUGGGCGGAUGUCCUUCCAGGUCCCCGGCGGCAUGAUCAUCACAGGCUUCAUGCUCCAGUUCUACAGGACGAUGCCAGCGGUGAUCUUCUGGCAGUGGGUGAACCAGUCCUUCAAUGCCUUAGUCAACUAUACCAACAGGAAUGCAGCUUCCCCCACGUCUGUCAGGCAGAUGGCCCUUUCCUACAUCACAGCCACAACCACUGCGGUGGCCACUGCUGUGGGCAUGAACAUGUUGACGAAGAGAGCUCCACCCCUGGUGGGCCGCUGGGUGCCCUUUGCCGCUGUGGCGGCUGCUAACUGUGCCAACAUUCCAAUGAUGCGACAGCAGGAACUCAUCCAGGGCAUCUGCGUGAAGGACAGGAAUCACAAUGAGAUCGGUCAUUCCCGGAGAGCUGCAGCCAUAGGCAUCACCCAAGUGGUUAUUUCUCGGAUCACCAUGGCAGCCCCUGGCAUGAUCUUGCUCCCAGUCAUCAUGGAAAGGCUGGAGAAGCUGCAUUUCAUGAAGAAAGUCAAGGUCCUGCAUGGCCCAUUGCAAGUUCUGCUGUCUGGCUGCUUCCUCAUCUUCAUGGUACCAGUGGCUUGUGGGCUCUUCCCACAGAAAUGUGAACUGUCAGUUUCUUAUUUGGAACCAGAACUCCAAGACACCAUCAAGGCCAAGUAUGGAGAACUUGUGCCUUAUGUCUACUUCAAUAAGGGCCUCUAAAUGCCCCAUCCCAGCAAGGACUAGUCUAUACCCAUAUUCACCUUCCUUAGCUGCCUUGUACACCUGUGCCCUCAUUUCUUUGCCAACAGGGCCUAAAGGUCAGGGUGGAUUUGGGG